CUGGUCAGCACCCAACCGCCCGCUGCUCCCUAGCCUUCACCACGGCUCUCGCACCCGGGCUCCGAUCCUUUCUCACGCUCCCGCCCCGCCCGGUCCGUUCCCUCCCUCCCUCCCUGCUCUCCGCCCCACGGGAGCCGCUCCCGCCCCAGCCCGCGCCCCGCCCCGCGCCCCCAGAGGCGCUGCCGCGUGCCCGUCUCGCCCCGCCAUGGCCCGGCGACGGCGCGCGCGGCUCCCGGCUGCUGGCGGCCGCUGCCCUCCGGCGGGCAGGCCGGGGGGAGCCGCGGGCUCACCGAGCAGCCCCCCUGCAGCCAAAGCUGGAGGUAUCAGAGUGUCUAAAAAGCAAGAAAACAGACACCUAGAGAAAAGUGCUAAACCUCCAGGAAAAGACAAGAGAAGUGCUCUCGUCAGCUUGUCGAAGCACAGGAAUGUGGAUCUCUUGGUUGCAGAGGUGCUGAACAAGAUGAGCCACAAAGUUCAUGCCACAGCAUUACAAGUGGCUCACCAAAAGCCACAGCCUGCCUUGGAGAAGUUCAUACUGCCUAAAAGAAUUUACAUUAUUCAACAGCCACGAAGAUGUUAAGAUAUUCACUGAAAUAUUCUGUUUACUUUAAAGCGAGUUUCUGUUGUGAGUAGCACUUAGCACACUGGUAAGAUGAUCACAAGUUGUGUGCCUUCUAUCUUUCUGUAAUUCUCUUACUGACAAUAAAAUACUUUCUAAGAGUU